UGUUUUACCGCGACUGAGGAGAAGAAGUGGGAGGGUGCGCCGGCUGAUGACGUGUGAUCGGGAAAGGCGGGUUCCGGUAUUGGCGGUGCGGCCUGACACACGGCGGAAUGUGACCAGACCCCUGGGCAUUCUUUUUUUGAUCAGAGGCACCACUGCGCCACAAAAAUGCCUGGUGUCACCCAAUGUGAAAGUCAGACUGUGUUGGCCAAGUCCAGCCCAACGAAAAAGAGCAGACUGUCUUUGCGCUUCUUCCAGAAGAGAGAACCAAAAAGAGCUCUUGAUUUUGAUACACAGUCAACUGAAAGCCAGAAUAUGGAGGAGAAGGAGACGGAAAUAAGUUGUGAUCAGGUUGUUCCUGCUGCACAAGAAUCCCCUUCUGUGUGCUGUGUUAAAAAAGAGAGCCUAGUUCCCUUUGUAGGGUUCAACAACCUUGGCAAUACCUGCUAUCUUAACAGCAUUCUCCAGGUAUUAUGUUACUGUCCCGGAUUUAAAAGUGGAAUCAAACAAUUGUGUGAUGUAAUUUCUAAAAAGCGGGAAAAGCCAAAAGAAGAAAACGAACAAGAAUUUGACAAGGGCAGCACAAAAGACGAUCCUCCUGCGAGUUAUGAGGUGAUCUGCAGCUUAAGCUCUUUAAUCCAUUCCGUUGAACGUCUUCAGCUCAAUUUUCUCUCUAAUCCAGAUGGUUAUGAUUCUGAACUUGCCACUCAGCCCAGAAGACUUCUAAACACACUGAGGGAACUUAACCCUAUGUAUGAGGGUUAUUUGCAACAUGACGCUCAGGAGGUUCUCCAGUGUAUUUUGGGAAACAUUCAGGAAGCAUGCCAAGCCCUGAAGAAAGAACAAGUGAAAAGUUUGCAGUUGGCAGACAGCAAAACACAGGUCCCAGAUACAGCAACAGAGUCCAAACUUGAUGCGAAUGUGCAAGGUGUUGAAACUGGAUCUGUCACUCACAGCAACGACAAUGAAUGUGAUAAUAGUGCAGUCACAAUUGAGACCAAUGAAAAUGGAAAAAGAAAAAGUGAUAAUGAGGUUGGAAAUGCAAAGAAAAAGACAAAAUUAAUAAAGGAACUACCACCAGAAGAACACAGAUUGACCAGGUCAAAGAGGAAGUCACAAGAAAAAACAGAUCAACAAACAAACACAGUACAAAAAGCAGGAAUUGAAAAUAGCGUCUCCAAUCCAACACAGAAAAAAUCAAAGCUUGGAUUGAACUGGCUGCGAUCUAAUAAGCAGACAAGCAUUUUAUCCAAGUUCUGCAACUUGAGCAAACAUACAAAUUCCUCAAGCAAAACAGAAACAAGCGAGAACCGUGCCGAAUCCGAAAAUGAAAAAUGCGUAAAUGGUCAAAGUAACUCUGAGAAAUCCAGUCACACACACAAUGCAACCGUGGCAUCCUCCCAGAAUGAGUCAUCUGAGUUUGAACUGGUGGAGAAAUUGUUCCAAGGCCAACUCGUGCUGAGAACGCGAUGUCUAGAGUGCGAGAGUUUCACAGAGAGGAGAGAAGAUUUUCAGGAUAUCAGUGUGCCUGUGCAGGAGAACGAGUCCAGUAAAGAACAGGACUCAUCUGACAUUUCUCCGGAUCCUAGAGUGGAAACAAAGAGUUUAAAGUGGGCGAUAUCACAAUUUGCAUCGGUGGAAAGAAUUGUUGGAGAAGAUAAAUAUUUCUGUGAAAAUUGCCAUCAUUAUACGGAGGCUGAACGCAGUUUACUUUUCGAUAAAAUACCAGAAAUUGUAACUAUUCACCUAAAGUGCUUUGCCGCAAACAGUUCAGAGUUUGACUGUUAUGGCGGGCUUUCCAAGGUAACAACGCCUUUGCUAACGCCAUUACACUUGUCCCUUGAGGAAUGGAGUACAAAACCAACAAAGGAUCGCUACGGAUUGUUUGCAGUGGUAAUGCACAGUGGUGUUACAAUAAGCAGCGGCCAUUACAUGGCAUAUGUUAAAAUUACAGAUCUUCAGGAACUUGAUCUUGACCCAGUGAAAAUGGUGAAUGGCAACCAGGACGCAGUAAAGACUGAGCCUCUCACAGAAGAGGAAGCUCGUGCAGCUGGCGAGUGGUAUGAUGAUGGCGAGGUCAUGUUUAAAGUAGGUGGUGGCACCUCUGCUAAAGUGAAUAAAAAGAACUCUGACACAGUCAGCCUCCUUGGAGGCCAAAAAAGUAAAUCUGACUUUGAACAUCUUCCUAACAAAACUGUAAAAGCUGAAAAGACUUCAGCAGGGCUUCCAGAGAAUAUAGCCUCAGAGAGUAGCAGCUUUAACGGGGAACGUCAGGCUGAGAAUGGUGAAUGUAGUGAAAUUAGGUCUUCUGCAACCUUUAACUUGGAGAAGGCUGCUCGAUUCCUGCUGCAAAACCUGAAAGAAUAUGAAGGCAAGUGGCUUCUUUUUGAUGAUUCGGAAGUGAAAGUAACAGAAGAAAGGGACUUUCUGAGUACAAUCUCCCCAAGCACACCAGCAACAUCCACUCCUUAUCUCUUGUUUUACAAGAAAAUAACAGAGCAAUAAAAUGCACUUCACAGGCUAUAUGCAAAUAUAUGUAAUGUUAUGGCAACCCAUGCAGCUGGUGUAGAGAUGUAACUCCCUGUAUGAGCUUCAUGUGAGUUAAAGCUCUAACCUCUGAAUGGAUUGCAGAGUCCUGCUUAAGGGAAUGUUAACCUAAACCGUGCAUAAAGGCAUCAUUAUAAUGUAGCUGCAGUGGGUGGGCCUGUACUGAUAAGAUGUUACACAUGUUACACAAUUAGCACGCAGCCCUCUAAACUUCAGUUAAGUAGCAAUUAAACUGUCCACUUGGAAACACCUUUCAGUCCUGCACACUAAGCACUGUGGGACGUUCCCUUUGUAACCGUUACCACUGCCAGUAUAUGUGUAUAUAUGUAUAGAAUUCCUUUGACUCCUAAAGGCUUUGAAGAAGCUCUAGGUAACUAGUCCUCACCAGCGUGACCUUUUACUGUAUUUUGCUUGUGUAUAUAUAGAUUACAAAGUGUACAUUUGUCAGCUAAACAUGUAUUACGUUUAUCAAUUUCUAUUUUUAAAUAAAGUGUUUUCUAUUCCAAGUGAAUUAAAAAU